AUGUCAAAGACAGAGAUAAGUUCUGAUGAUAUGCUGGGAUUAGAGCAACAGCAGGAUAAUAGACACUCAAGAACAUCUUCCAAGUUGGGAAAGGUUAUUCUAGGUGUGACAGGUGCAGCGGCAAUUGGACUUGUUCUUGUCACGACACCGUUUGUCACGCCUGCCUUACGGAAAAUCUGCUUGCCUUAUGUUCCAGCUACAGAAAGGCAAAUUUCUAAUAUUUUGCUAAUGGCUCAAGUCUCCAAAUGUCCGGGACCAAAGCUUGUAGACUUAGGCAGUGGGGAUGGAAGAGUGGUUUGUAUUUAUUCAAAACUACAUUUUCAUCCAAAUCCUCUUCAGUCGACCUGUCACGCAAUCUCCUUAAACCUUAGGUGUAAUUGGGGUAAUCUGGCUCUGCAACUUAUACAAACCUCAUUCUCAUUUACUGGACAAUCCAAGAGAGUUGGCAUAUUUCAUAUAUGUUUCUGAUUGACAGGUAAUAGCUGCAGCCAGACAUGGCUACCAAGCUCAUGGUUAUGAGCUGAAUCACUGGCUUGUCUGGUAUUCAAGGAUCCAGGCCAGGAUACAAGGGCUGCAUGGGAAGGCCACAUUUUCAAGGGCUGACUUGUGGAAGGUAGGAAUUAACAAAACAUGUUGA